CACAUACUAUGUCCAUCACUGCACUGAAGUUUGGUUUGUAGACUGUAGAUAGAUGCCUUGCAGGGUAUCAUCGUUCUGCAGCUUGCGGCAGGAAAAAAAGGACAAAAAGGAAAAAAAAGAGGCUGAGGACGGAAAGAAACGUAGUAAAGAGAAGGACGGUGAAAAACCCAAAAAGGAGAAAAAGGAGAAGAAGGAGGAUGUUAUUGAGCAUGUUGAUAUACCGAGGGCAUCGAUAGACAAUGUGAGUGCAGACCUUGAUUUGGACAUCCAAUCCCCGUAUAACAGUGUUCAAGAGGAAACAAGGCGAUCUAUUGGCUCAGCCAAUGAGUUGCAUUCUGGUGGUGAACAAAUUGCAAUUGAUGCCUUCAUGCAAGAGGCUGAAGUGGCUGAAGAGGCUGAUGUGGCUGAAGGCUUUGCUCCACAAGUGCAAAUAGACGAAACUGUUGGAGACGGGCAAGAUACAGUUGACGAUGCCACAGCAGAACAAGACGGUGACAAUGGCCACGAUGCAGAAGCCACGGAUGCACUUAGGAGCAAGGAGGACAAGAAGAGCAACAAGGACAAAUCGAAGAAGGUUAAAAAAGACAAGAAAGACAAGAAGGAAAAGAAGGAAGACGAAACAAGGGAUCUUGAUGUGCAGAGGCCAUCGAUUGAUAAUUUCAGUGCAGAUCAGGAUUUGGAUAUUCAAGCACCAGUUGACAGCAUUCAAGAGGACACAAGGCGACCAGCCAGCUCAGCACAAGCAAGUGAUUUGCGCUCUGGUGGUGAAGCAGAUGCCUUCAUGCAAGAGGCUGAAGGGGCUGUCGGAGAUGGACAACAUCAACACCAUGCGAGAGAGGAGCAAGAAGGUGGCACUGGGGAGGAGGGAAAGAAGAGCAAAAAAGACAAAUCAAAAAAAGCGAAGAAAGAGAAGAAGGAAAAAAAGGAGAAACACAUUGAUGAAUCUGAGAACGUUUUGCAGUCGGGUGGCGAAGAAGAGCCAUUGAUGCAAGAGGAGAUUCCGCUCCCAGAAGGUGUAGAUAUUAUGGAUUUGGAAGCAAUUGCGCUGAGAGGCCCUAUCAAGCUGGGUGCUGGCGAUGAUAUCAACAUUCCUGAAAGAGUGAACCAGACACCAAAACGCUUCACGUUGACUGGCAAGGAAAUGGUGCGCAAAUGCACAAGGUGUGACCUUCUUUGGGAUGGCACCGCCAUAGUUUGCCCACACUGUCGAUCUUCGCUCAGCGACAGCAUUUUGCAGGUAAGUGAACUCCUAUCUCCCAGCCAGCGUGACUUCUUAAAGCAGGCUUUCAGACGCUAUGAUGUGGAUAGCUCUGGGAGACUGGAUGGGAAGGAGUUGCGCAUGGCAGUCCGCGAGCUUGGAUGGGACACCAAGCAGGACGUUCUCGACAGAUGGGCACGUUUGGGUGGAUUGCAGGGCCUGAGCUUGGCGGAGUUUGAGAAUUUGGUUGCCAGUGGAAAGUUGGGAAAAAAGACCUUCAAGUCUUCGAAGGGUACAGCCAGUCAGGCCGUUCAAGACGAGGAGCGGCAAAUGCUACAAAUGGCAGCAGGUGCCAAUCUCCAGCUUUCCACUGCAGGGAGGCAGGGCAGAAGGAUGGGAUUGAUCCCUGGACAGGACGAGCCUGUUCUUGAAGCUCUUGCUUCUGUGCCUGCAAGCUCGACCAUACCGUUUGGUGAAGGUGAGAGUGUUUUUGCUGAGCUUCCAGCCCAUCGCAAAAUUGAGCUUACCGAAGCCUGGUCGUUCUGGGAUGCUGACCAUUCAGGAUUCUUGGAGCCUUUGGAACUGCUGAGUGCCACAAAAGGCCUGGGCUUCCACUUUCCUAUAGAGAUGAUCAUUUCGGUCUGUGGAAAGCAUGGUGGAGGGAUUGACCAAGAGAACUUUGUGCGUGUGAUGUCAGUUCAAAUCAAACAGCGCGAUCAGGAGCUUGGGCUUUGGGAUGCUUCAGCGGUGGAUUUUGGUGCAGACCUGGAGGAGGAUGACCAUGAACCCAGUACCUUAGCGCAGAAGUGGAAGAAGGAGCUGGCGAAGGCUGAGCUGAACUUGCGACGCACCAGUCCCACUGAUAAAGUAUUUCAAUGGAGAAGUCUACUUUGCACAUCACACGCUACGGUUGGAGAGUACUCCGUAGCUAUCAGGCUUUACUUCGAUCUUGUGCUGCUGCUUGUCAUCGCGUUCGGGGUACUCACCUUCAUGACACUUCCUCUUUUGCUGAUAUGUGGCUCCAGCUCGGGAGGUGGACCUGUGCUGCAGCAGACGGAUGAAGUCAUCAGCACUUUGGCGAGAUUUUCUGUGGGGAACCUGAACAGGUCUCCAGCAGCGGAUGCCACGGUUCACAUCAUGAACGAGUUCAUUGGCUCCAUGGCGUUUGGGAUCCACAGCAUGGGCACUGCAGAAGAGCUGGAUGAUCAGCCUGUGCGUGAGGCGCUGCAGUCACAGGAACUUCCAGUGGCAGGAAACCGAGGGGCUGUCACUGCCAUGGCCGAAAAGAUGUACGACCGGAUUUGCAACCGCGCUGAUGCCAGGGCCUAUUCGGUUGUAUUGCUGAAUGACUUGAUUGAAGAGCAAAUCCUUCAAAUAGAAACCGAUCGCGCCUUGCAUGCAGCUCAUGGUGGUGCCGUGCCUGCUGUCAACCUAGGCUUGAAGCUGCCCUUCGAGGUGGUGCUUUUGAAGCCUUCCGCCUUUCCUUUGAUUGUAGAACCUACCCAGGAUCCAUCGCUGCAGCUAUGGCAAAACAUGGAUGUGAAGCCUGUAGUCCGCACGGUGAGGAGUUGUAUCAUGGGCUUGGCCGAAGCACUUAGCUUUGAGCCGUGUGUGCAGUGUCAAUGGGCAUGGGAAAGACCAUCGAUGUUUUUGUUUUCUUCUUUUUUUGUUGCAGUUCGCAACAAUGUGCAUUGUAACAACCGAGUGCCGCCUUGUGGUGUUCACCGUCGUCUUCUUGGCUGGGGCCCCGUGAGCUUCGUUCCGUGA